AUGCUGAGAACGCAAGAGGUUCGACAACGAACUGACGAAAAUCAAACUAGCAACACCGAUAAGAAGGAGAACGAGGAGAGUAGCAGCGACAAUAUCGACAAGGAGGAUGUGGAUAAUUGCGAAAGUGAAGAAGUCAUUCGAGAUGAUGAAGUGAAGGCGAUGAAAAAAAUUUUUGGUCUAUACGGAACAACAUCCUGA